AUGAGCUUGGCCUCCUCUCUUGCCCUGGGCAGCGGCCUCUCCCUGCAGGAGACACAACAACGGGAGGCUCAGGCCGAGCUGUUGCUCCUCCAAUGCUGGGGAGAGGACAAGAAGGCGAUGGUUCAGGACACGGCCAACAAGCGUUCGGAGAUGGACCAAACGGAGGAGCCAGAGAGGGAGCGCGACGCGAAGUACUCCAGACCGGACUCCAAAGGUGGCUACGGCAGGGGCGGGAGAGGCAAGGGCAAUCAGCCAAAGGCCAGUGGUCCUCGCAGACAGCCCUUCCGCCGCUCGGCGGAGACAGAGGCCGGGGCGCCGGAGGGCAUGAUGUGGCUUCUGGGCAAGCUCCUUCUUCGGCACGAGGAUCAAAUGGGCAUCGACAAGACCCAAAACGGCUUUGUCAUGUUCUUCAAGCGAGAGAGUGCUCUCUCCCUGAUCCCUCUCUUCGUGCAGAAGUCUCAGCACUGGAAUGCCCUCAAGGAGCAGAAGCAGGAAAAGAUGGACGAGAUUGCUCUCCCUCUCAGAACCUUCCUGUUUCAUACCCUGUUGGAGGCUCUGGUGAAGCGCAUCAAGGAUACCGUGCAGAACGACGAGCAGCUGAAGACGGCCACCACCCUCCAGGUGUUCCUUCCACGGGACGGCGACGCGGAGCUACAGGUGCCUUUUCUAAGCUACAACCAGGAGACCAAGACUCUGGCGCCUCGGCAGGAUCUGCAGCCCCUUCCGGUCUCAACGAUGCUCGAGAAGCUGCAGGUCUUACAGAAGCAGUGCCUUUGUCCCCUGGCCAUCAUGCGCUUCCACUCCACCCAACGGCUCAGCGGGCCUCUCCAGGGCCCCACCGUGCCCUUCCUGCUUCAGGUGGGUCACAGAUCGCCGGAAGCGGCCGAGCUAUAUCUGAGCCUCCGCUCGCUGGCCAAUUCAGCGAUUUGGCAGUUGGUGGGAGGGUCCCUGCGCCCGGAGAAAAUGGGUCGCUCCGCGCUGGCGACGGAACUUGCUCGCCGUCUGCAAGGGCCCUUCACUCAGACACCGGCUCAUCCUCAGGUGAUCUGGUCCGCGGCCAUGCAUUCAGUCAUGCGGAGAAUGACUACACAGGCGCCUGUCCCUGAUCUCUGGUCUCUUCUCCAAUGGGCCAUCUUGCAUUCCGGGUGGGCCCGGCCACACUCCCAACAUGAUGUUGCGGAAUAUCUCACCUUCUGUCGCAGGUUCGUCAUUCCGGACCUGCUCUUGGGCAGGUGGCAGAACAGGCUUCUUCUUGCCGACUGCAACCCUCUUCGCUGCCAGGUGCGUGACUGUGGGGAAGCAUGGCCUAUGCUCCUUGCAACGCCACCCUCUCAGUGCGAUACAGGCCCUAGUGGCAGAGUUACCAUCCAACGGCUUAUUCAUGCAUGGAAGGUCCAAGCUGCGGUUGGAGUCACUGCCCUCGAACGUGAGCCGAGCCUUUUAGUUUUGCAGGUCAAUAGGUUCAGCCCUGAUGCUAUCGGUGCAAAGGAUGCAACGAGUGUGCUGCCCGAUCCUCGCAUCUUGCUACCCUGCUUUCAGCAUCGACCCACUCCGCAUAAUUCCGCCCUUCAUGUGAGACACUGCGAAUAUCAGCUGAUUGCAAUCAUUAUGCACGAGGGUCCCGAUGCAGCAUCCGGUCAUUACCGUGCGCUCCUUUGCACUUACCCUCCUGAAUCGGAGCCCACUUUCUGGCUAUGCGACGAUUCAAAAGAGCCGACCACUCUCACCGAGUUGCCGCUACCAGCAUUGACCACGGGCUAUCUCUACUUCUACUGCCGCACUCAGCAGUCUUAG